AUAUAUAUCUGGUUGACAAAGAAGUCGGUCAAAUUAUCGUAUGUUCAUGGAAGGGAGAGAUAACUGCUCAAUUCUUGUAACAAAUCUGGUACGCCCGUGCUCAGUUCUGGUGAACGUAAACUCAAGGAAAUUACUGUGGUCUGAAUGGGGUGCAAAUAGCAGUGAUGGCUCCAUUGUGUCUUCAAAUCUUGAUGGCUCUACGUUAAAAAUGAUAAUAAAUAACCUUGCCAAGCCACAGGACUUGGUAUUUGACGGUACCAGUGAUGUGCUGUAUUGGUUGGCAAGACCUUAUGAUGUAUAUAUUAUACAGUCCAUCAAUCUUAAUACAGGCUACAGACAGAUAUAUAGUGUAGAGAGUAGUGGUCAUGCUGCCCCAACAUUAUCUUUACUGACGGAUCAUUUGUAUUGGACCAUGUCCAACAGCACUUUGAUAAUUAACAAGUUUACAGGUGGUAUAGAAAAAUCACUGGCUACAGGAAGUGCUGUCAGAGCCUCAAUAUACCACCCUGUUUUAUAUAGGAGUUUAACAUCACAAGCAAAUCCAUGUGACAAUUCUUCAUGCAGUCACCUUUGUGUGCCUAGCAACAAUCACUAUGGCCACAGAUGUCUCUGCCCAGUUGAUAUGUACCUGGAUGUAGAAGGAAACUGCUCAAGAAAGGAAGGAGGUGAGUCAUUGUUGGUGUCCAGCAUUUCUGGUAUCUAUGAAGUACCAACAUAUUUUAUUGGUAACCAUGGUUUCCGGAGUAGAAGAAUUGUUGAAACUGAGGUGAACUGUUUGGUGUAUGAUAAAGUUGGUGACAGGAUAUUCUAUCAUGAUGAUACCACACGAGAAAUACGCACAAUAUCUUUGAAAUAUCCACGGAGACCUAGAACACUGUACAGCAAGGUUCAUAUGGUGGAAGGAAUGGCAUUAGAUACAACAUCAGGGGUCAUUUAUUGGACUGUUAAUCAGGGAAGUGUUCAUGCAGGAAGUGUUGAUGGAUCUUUUUCUAGAAAGCUUAUUUCUGAUCUAAGUAGACCAAGGGGAAUAACUGUUGAUCCAGAACAUGGAUUUCUAUAUAUUUGUGACUGGGGAAAUGAUGCAAAGAUUCUUAGAUGCCACAUGGACGGUUCUCACUGCUUGGUAUAUUUUCAUGCUCAUGGAGGGCAUCCAAAUAUGGUUGCCAUAGCAUCGCCUGUAACCAUAGAAACAGAAGAAAUGACUAAAUGGGUGAAUACCUUGUACUGGACAGAUUCAAAACAGAACUCUAUCAGCUAUGCAAACUUGGGUGUGGACGUUCUCAGUUUGGAUACCAUAUCAUUGAAUCUUUCUCUGGACUCUCACCCAUAUGGAUUGGUUGUUACAGAUAGAACUAUAUAUUUCACAGAUCUGAACUCAAAAUAUGUCCACUAUGUGGAGAAGUCUGAUGUUACCAAGGAGAUUGAUAUGCAAUUAGAUGUUGGAAUUCUAUUUGCCUUAGAUCACACACACAGAUCCAUUCACGUAUCAGACACUGUGUGCUCAAUGAAUAAUGGUGGUUGUACACAUCUAUGCCUUGUAAAACCCAAAGGGCAGAGGACUUGUCUGUGCCCAGACAGUGUCAACAAUAUAUCUUGCACAGUAACAGAAGAGCAGGCACUUUUCAAAACUAAUCUCAGUAAUGUACUGGACAAGGAGAAACUGAAGAAGGAGUUUGUUACCAUAGAAACUGAAAGAGAAGACACAGUGUUGUUUUGGGCAGUACCUUUGACAGGUUUUCUCAUAAUUCUGUGUGCAGUUACAUUCUUUGUAGCCUGUUACUAUAGAAACAAAAAACGGAAGCAAAAUUGGAUGUGCAAGUUCAUACAGUACAUGAAGGCAAGGCACUCUGAAGAUUCAGAGGGAUUGGUGUCUGAUUCCACCUCCUCUAUGUCUGAUCCUCACUUCAGGCAGUAUGACGAUAUUGACUAUCCUGAUGACAGUUACUGUUUGCGGAACUUGAGAGACCACAAUACAAGAGAGACCUCUAUGAUCUCCACUGACUCGGCCUUCACAGAAAUGAGAGAUUUUGAUGUCUACAGCUCCAUAGAUAAUGACUGAUAUAAUUAUAUUUCUUCUUUAUUAGCAUAAUAAUAUAGACAGCUGCAUGCAGAUUUCAGGUUUAUAUUUUGUUCAGUUAACUUUUACCUUUUACCAUACUAGAACAGGAAUUGAUUAUCCAUUGUCAUAAGUAUAGAGAGAGCAAAGUCUGCACUUCAAGGUUCUACCCAGUCAGUUGCUCAAUUUAAUGUAUUUUAUAAUGAAAUCCCUUUAAAGGCCUAUUAAUGUUUUUUUUUUCUAUAACUCUGGUAUAAAAUGAGUUUAUUCCCGCCUCCAUCUCCCAUCAUUUUUUGUUAACUGUUUGUUUUGCAGGUCAACAUUGCAAAGUUAAAUGAAAUUGUUAUGUGGAGGUAUCAGAUGAUGUUAUACACUGAUUUUUGAUGAUGCGUUAAUUUAAUUUUAGUUUCUGAUACUUCAAUAUUUUCAAUAUCUAGUUAUCCUUAGCAAUACAUUUUUAUAGUAAUUUUUAUAUAAUGCAAGUUUUCAUAUAGAUAGUUGUUUUGAAAACAAAUUGUUUGUUUAAAGAAUUGAACAUGCACCACAUUUUAUAACUACAUUUACUGUUAAUUUUGAAGCUAUAGAUAUAAUUAUAUUUUUAUACAUUCACUGGUGUUGUGCUCAAAAAUGUGAUUCAUUAAAAGUAAAACACUUGUUAAUACACUU